AUGAAGAUAUUAUAUCACAGUGAUGAUGAUCAGAGUUUAUCUUCACAGCUUCUGUCUCAGUUCAUCUCUCCUCACACGGGACGAAUCUAUGGCCGACACAUCACAGGCCUGUGUGGGAGGAAACAGAAGGAAAUCUCUAAAGCCAUAAAGAAAGCUCAGUCCAUGGGUUUCAUGUCGGUGACACACAAACAUCCUCAGUUCAUGAAGGACCCGUCGCUCUGCAGCGUCCGACGCUCCGAUUAACUCUGCUCAUAUUUAUCUGUUCAUUAAAACCUGAAACACCAA